AUGAGACACUCUUCCGGCCGACCCAAGAUGGCGCGCAGUCCCAAGCGGCUCCACGUCACGAAAGAGGGAGAGGCGGGGAGGGGGCGUGGCCUCGAGGCCCCGGUCAGCCCCGCCCUUGAGGUGGGGCCGGGGGCCGUCCGCGGGAGGGAAGGGCGGGGCUUGAGGCGGGGCGCUUCGGCUCGGGAAGGCUGCGGCUGCCUCCGCCCCUGCUCCGCUCGCGAGGACGAGUCCGGCGCCUCGAGGCCGGGGCGGCUUCCUACGCAGAGCCAAGCUGCCCGGCCUUCGGGGAGGGCAGGCAGAUACUUUUCCUGCUGCCCCUCACCAGCCUUCGCAGUGCCCUGUGCCCUUGGGGAUGAGAAUGAGGGGACGAUGCCCGAUUUGCGGGGAGGGCUUGGAGUUCGCCCUCAGCUCCAUCAGCUCGGGGCGGGGGGUCUGAGUUGGCAAGUCUCCCAGGGGGAGCUGGGUUGA